GGUCUCAUAACACAGAGCUUUAGUUUUGAUUCCCAGAAUGGAAAAGAUAAACAAGAAUUUGAUCUAAAAUUCAGCAUAAUACCGUGAGUCAGAUAGAAACAGAAAGGAAGCAAGAUCACAGGAGGUCAUCGUACGGAAGAUACAGAGUUGCACGAUAAGAAAAAACACUAAAUGAUUGUGAGACUCUGGUCGUUUGCUGAGUUCUGAGAAAGUUGGUGUGAGUGUAGCCAAAGGAAGCAAGCAGACAGACAAAUGCAGGUCUACUGUUGAUCACACUGUGUGGCAAGAGACGGUCUGCGGCCCAAGAAGAACCGCAAUUGUGAAUCAGGAAUCCCACACGCCUGGCAUCUAACUAGAAUAGUUUGACAAAGGAUGAUGGAAAAAAUCCUGCAGAAGUUAGAUGCCCUGGAUGAGGACGCAAGGAUACUUGCAGCCAUCAGAGCAAAGAAAGCCAACGUUCAGCUUGAACAAAGGAAAGAGUGUUUGACCACACCCCUGUUCUUCGAUCUUCACAUGGAACCUGAAGGCACUGCUGCUUCAUCUGUACUUAAGACAGGAGCAGAGAUCAGAGAAGAUAAGUCAUGUGGCACUAAGAAGUCAAAAACGCACGUAUCUUUCAAAUGUACUCCUGAACACAGAAGUGACUUUAAAGAAUCAGAUUCAUCUGCUCUUGCAACAGAUGCAAACUAUGAAGAAAGACCAAAAGAAGAAAAUCUAAAGCUGAGUCCCAGAUUUCUUCAUUUUCUUAAGGAUAAAACAGAGGCAGAAUAUGCAAUGCCCUUUCAUGUCCUACUGUCUGAGCGGAGGAACCGGUGUAAAAGAUCAUCAGAGUCUUCAAUCCUGUAUCCUACACGCGCCAACCAAUCCAAUGCUAAUAAAAAUGGAAACAGAGCUAUGAAGUCCAUGUAUUCUACAGACCACUCAGCAGAUUCUAUUAAAGAAGGGAGAACCGAUCAUCCACUGGUAAAUGAUUUUACUGCAAAAGAAAACGAGUCAGUCAGAGAUAACCAAGCAAGAUCACCUCGUCCAGUAAAGCAGAACAUCUUACUCCCCUUGCACUUUGAGGAUGUACUGAAAAAUCCCACCAUCAAGAUAAUUGACCUUGGUCCAACAGAGACCGUGCUUUAUUCCACGGACACUGAGACAGUGCCAACUAUAAAGGACAGACCAGGCACCAAACCCAUUCCAUCUUCGAGUCUGGACUUUGUGCCCUUCAAAGCUAAAGAAAGUCACACAAAUCCAAUAAUUUUCCAUGACAAAGCGUAUAUAACGAAGCUGUUCCUGAUGAAAAGGUUCACUCCCUAUCUUAUGACGCAUACAACAAAGAAUGUUGUUCUAGAAAAAAACUGUGAAAUGUUUAAAGCUAUGUUUUAUGAGAAACCCAGUGCUGUUUCUAAGCCUCAAAGAACUAAAGCUGUAGCACAUUACAAAGAUCUGCACAUCUUCUCUACGGAACGGGUGCACAAGAGUAUAAAGGAGAAACGAAAGAAGAAGCAUGACAGUCUGGCUUCCAAAAAGAGACCUCCGGACACACUUUAUAAUUUAUCCCGAACCUUUUCUAUCUUAACCAAAAAAAUUGUGGGUUCCUUUGAUAAAGUUGCUCUUGAAGAAAAGAGCGCUAAGACGGGUGGAUUUCAAAGACAGUUUUCCAAAGUAAGACCACCACGCACACGCAAAUUCACUACCUUACCUAUCAAGUAUGACUCAAAGCCUCUGGAGAAUAUACUUGAAAUACGUAAACUAAACAACAUAAGCCCACUAGACGACCUGCUAAGCUGGAAAGUCAAUGGCUCAUGAAGAAUCGUUUAUGCUGCAAUAUUUAAAAACAAGAACCAAGUUCCAAGAUCACAGAAAUUCUUAACUGAUUAUUAGUGUUCUGAUGGAUGAAGUACACAAAUCGACAGUGGUCUGUUUAGGAUCAGUCAACAUCGUUAGCUAACAUAGGAUGGAAUUAGAGAAUUAGAAACAAGAGAGAUUCAUUUAUGACUUAGUUCUGGUUGUCAGCCUAGCUUUUAAUGGUUGAGCCAUUUCUCGCUCAUGGAUUAUUUCAAUUAGACUUAUCAGACAUCCCUGUUGGCUAUAAGACAUUCUCAUUCGGUACCAGCUAUGGCAUGGAUUGAUGAAACAGUUGCUGUAGGAAGUCAAAAAACAUCAACAAACAAGUGAUUGAUUGUCAAGACAGAUGUAACAUUAAUUUGCAGAAUAUGAAGUCAAUUGUAGGUCAGCAUCUUAGAGACUCAUGGGGAAACAGUGCC